AUGUCACACUGUCCAGUCUGCCUCACGCCAAAUAACCCACAAGCACCAAGUAUUGAUUACACUGAAGAUGAUGAUGAAGAUGCUGAUGAAGAUGAGCCGAUCGGCGCUACUGAAUCGGACGCAGUCGUUGAUGACUGGGUUUGUCGCUCUUGUUUCAACUCGAAUCCUGGGACGUCGUUGAACUGUCUUCAUUGUGAUGAGCAUCGAUAUGUUGAUGUACGGUCUCCUCCUUCUCGUGCAUUUAGCGAUCACGUGGAUGAUGUGGCCUGUGGGGCGUAUGGACACGAACAACAGUUGAUGUCAACUGGUGGUGAUCUUGAUGACCCACAUACGCAACUUCUUGCAAGUUUUGAAACAAUGGAACUCGCCAUACACAGGGAACCAAAUUAUCUUGAAAAACAUCUACAGGAGAACAUUGUUGGUCAAGAACAUGCAGUCUCAUUGGUAGCUCAAACCAUCAGACGAAAGGAAUUAGGUUGGCAAAGCUCAGAAAAACCGUUGGUAUUCCUAUUUUUGGGUUCAUCGGGCAUUGGGAAAACUGAGAUGGCCAAAGCGGUUUCGACUCACUUGAAACUAAAAGAGACAGCUUUCAUCAGAAUCGACAUGUCCGAAUAUCAAAAUAGGCAUGAAGUUAGCAAGUUUAUCGGGGCUCCUCCUGGUUACUGUAAUCAUGAUGCCGGUGGUCAACUCACAGAGAAACUAAAGAAGACUCCGAAGGCUGUUGUUCUGUUUGAUGAAGUUGAAAAAGCCCACAGUGAUGUUCUGACCAUCAUGUUGCAGCUUUUUGAUGAGGGAAGACUGACAGACGGAAAGGGGGAGACUGUUAUGUGCAACGAGGCGUUAUUCUUCAUGACAUCAAACCUGGGAAGUGAUGCUAUCACAGACUUCUGGAAGAAAGAAAAGAAGCGAUCAGGUUUGUAUCGAUGUCGGACACAUACUUUCAGUUAUGUUAGUAAAAGACAAGUGAAAAUUCCCGACAACUUCAAGCAAAACGUCAUCCAGCCUAUCCUCAAAAGGCACUUUAAGAGAGAUGAGUUCCUAGGCAGAAUCAACGAGACUGUCUUCUUCCUACCAUUCACCGAGGAUGACCUUGUUCAACUCGUUACUAGAGAGAUGGAUAAAUGGUCAAAAAUCGCAAGAAGCAGACAUAAAAUAAAAUUGUCAUGGGACGAUUCUGUCUUGAAAGUACUGGCCGCUGGCUACAACGUAGAUUAUGGGGCUCGUUCGAUCAUACAUGAGGUUGAUCGGAGAAUCGCCACCAACUUGGCAGAAUUGCAUGAAGAAUAUGUAGAUAUCGUGAAAGGCAUUCAUAUAUCUGUGGUUCAGGCCAGGAAUGCCGGCCGUCCAUCGCAGAGAACGUCAUCGAGAUUGAGCACGAGGACGGCGACGAGCGCGAGCCCAGAUCAUGAGGGGGAGAGCGCCACCUCGCGAACGGAUAUGAAGAUGGAGGUGGGUGUUUCACAUAGAUUCUAA